CUUCGCAUCUUUGGUAAAUGAUCCAAAUCCACGCUCCCAUUCCAUCCUUUCUCUCAAGCGCGGCGUUUGGUUCGGUCAGGUCAAUCGGUUCAUGAACGUCUACCAAUGCUCCUCUCUUUCCAUCAGGCGACUCCACAUUCUAUGUUCUCCCCUACAGGCAUUUUCACUCCCUGUCUCCGCGUCUGGCUCUGUCUAUUCCCAUGGAGCGGCGGGCGGACAACAUUCCAGGAGUUUUUUCUAUCAAAGGUUUUCCUCUCCCGCUCUCGCAUUUUCCCUCUCCCCACGAUCAUACUGGCAUACUUGGCAUCGGCAUUGGCGUUAACCUCUUUCUUUCCCUUUUCUCCUUUUACCCCCGUUUUCCAUCACGAUCCAUAUAUCUGAGCACCAGCAACAGCAACAGCAGCAGCGAGACCGAGACCGAGCAAUUA